GCUGCUGUAAGCUCGGUCUUGUCUGCGGAGAGCGCCUGGGCAUCUCCGACGGCUGCUGGAGGAGAGGUUGGAAGACCUCGCCCAUCACCUGCUGUGUAUCAGCCAAGAACGUGUUUUUGAAACAUGAAUCUUCCACUCGUCCUCACUGCCUUUUGCUUGGGAAUAGCCUCUGCUGCUCCAAAAUUUGACCAAAAUUUAGAUACACAGUGGUAUCAGUGGAAGGCAACACACAGGAGAUUAUACAGCACGAAUGAAGAAGGAUGGAGGAGAGCCGUGUGGGAAAAGAAUAUGAAAAUGAUUGAACUGCACAAUGGGGAAUACAGCCGAGGGAAACAUGGCUUCACAAUGGCCAUGAAUGCUUUUGGUGACAUGACCAAUGAAGAAUUCAGGCAGGUGAUGGUUUGCUUUCGAAACCAGAAGCACAAGAAUGGAAAAGUGUUCCGUGGGCCUCUGCUUCUUGAUCUCCCUAAAUCUGUGGAUUGGAGAAAGAAAGGCUACGUGACUCCAGUGAAGAAUCAGAAACAGUGUGGUUCUUGUUGGGCGUUUAGUGCUACCGGUGCUCUUGAAGGACAGAUGUUCCGGAAAACAGGGAAACUUGUCUCACUGAGCGAGCAGAAUCUGGUGGACUGUUCACGUCCUCAGGGCAAUCAGGGCUGCAAUGGUGGCUUCAUGAAUUAUGCCUUCCGGUAUGUGAAGGAGAACGGAGGCCUGGACUCUGAGGCAUCCUAUCCGUAUGAAGCAAAGGAUGGAAUCUGUAAGUACAAACCUGAGAAUUCUGUUGCUAAUGACACUGGCUUCGUGGUGAUCCCUACUCAUGAGAAGGAACUGAUGAAGGCAGUUGCGACUGUGGGGCCCAUCUCUGUUGCUGUUGAUGCAAGCCAUUCGUCCUUCCAGUUCUACAAAUCAGGCAUUUAUUUUGAAAAAAAGUGCAGCAGCAAAAAUCUAGAUCAUGGUGUUCUGGUGGUUGGCUACGGUUUUGAAGGAACAAAUUCAAAAGACAACAAAUAUUGGCUCAUCAAAAACAGCUGGGGUCCAGAAUGGGGCUUGAAUGGCUAUAUAAAAAUCGCCAAAGACCAGAACAACCACUGUGGGAUUGCCACAGCAGCCAGCUACCCCGUUGUGUGAGCUGAUGGAUGGUGAGGAAGAAGGACGUAAGGACAGCAUGUGGGGGGAAUUUUAUCUUGAAACCAAAGGCUUAUUGUAUAAGAUGAACCACUUGAAUCAUUGAGGAUCCAAGUUGUGAUUUGAAUUCUGUGACAUUUUUACAAGGGUAAAAUGUUACCACUGCUUUAAUUACUGUUAUACACAGCUUUAUGAUAUUGAAGACUCAUUACUUAAUUCUAAGACUUUUGAAUUUUCAUUUUUUAAAAAGAUAUACGAAACAGUUUAAAAUAAAUUUUAAUUCAUAUGUAAA